CUGGCAGCUCUUGCCGUCAGCGGCUUUGCGGCAGCGGGACGAAUGACGGCUUCGCUGCUUUAGAGGAAGUUAGCGGUGGCAGCCAGACAGGCAGGCAGCCGCGGGACUAUGUAACCUGCACGAAUUGGACUCAUCGUUGCACUCAGACAGAGGAAGGCAGCAGCAUUCAUGGAUAUUGCGGACACUUUUAACGUUUUAAUACCCAGUGACCAGUUGGACGACACCCUCAUAAUAGGUCAAAAUCUGGAAUGUGAAGCCAGUAAUGAGUUUGGUUCAGGACUCUACCUUGAAGAUUCGCUCAAGAACAUGCUAAGUGACAAAGAUCCCAUGUUUGGAUGUGCAACUUCUCAGUUCAACCUGCUGGAAAAUGAGGACUCCACUUUUCAAAUUUCAGGCGCAGCAGAGAUCAGUGGUGGGUCAACAUCCACAGGCCUCGGAGGUGACCUGGCAGUAACGGAGACCAAUCCAGCCAAGAUCAAGAGACCUGUAGGCAGACCCAGGAAACGUCCAUGUAAUAUACAAUUAGAUAGAGAAUCCAGUGACGGUCCAGAGCAAGCCAAGAUUCCCACAGAUGCUGUACCCAGAGGACGACCGGGAAGGAAACCUUGCAACAGGCUACAGAAGUCCUUUCUGAUUAAGAAAGGAGUUAAAGGUGUACAAUUGAAGAAAGACCUAACUCUGGGUGGACGCAUCAAUAUCAGCGAUAUUGAAGGUGUAUUAUGGUUAAAACCUUCUGUUGUGUUGAAACGACUGACUGUCACCAUUGGAGGGUUCAAGAUUGAAUUACUUCCCGGACCGUCGUAUCUCCAGGAUGCUGAAGCCAACUUUGACAGUAGUUUUUCCUGUAGCGCGGGUAUUGGUUUUGCCAUGUUGUCGGACGAUGGUGUCCCCGCACAGAAUCCUGUACCUGAGAAAGUCGCAGACCGGGAUAUAACUGAGAAGAUUUGCGUUGAUGAUACACCACUUGGAUUGGGUCCAUAUGUGAACCCCAAUGACGUCCAGGCGGCUAACGGGACAGAAAUAAAAAGGUGCACUCAAGAAACUAAAGAUGACAAUCAGUCUAUGGUGAGAAAGCAAAAGCCUGUCAAUGACCGGAAAUGUGGCGUUAAAUUGACACCAAACAAUGAGACCACCGUAAGUAACAAGGUGGACAGUAAAGAAAAGAAACCGACUUUCGCCAAAAACCAGCUCCAACCCAAGCAACUACUUAAUUCCAAUAAGAAAGGUGUGAUUACAAGUGAACAGAGCAACAUGACUAAAGGAGCUACCGUUUCCCAAAAUGUACCAUCCAAAGUUGUCCAAAGAGAUGACCUUCAUAAAUUAAAGUCUCUUAAAGAGAAGAGAAGCAGUGAAUAUUUAAAAAGACGGUCUGAAAACACCCCAAGUGAGCAUGUCCCUAAACACCCAAAGAUGCAAACAGGAGAUCCCAAAGUGAAGCCCAGCUCUCCAGUGAAGAAGGCGCCAUCUAGUGGAAGCUGCCUAAUUGAGCAACACAGUCCAACCAAACCCUCUCAUACGCUCAACACCUUGAAAGCAGACGCUUCAAACUACUCACAUGUCGCUCGUCCAGGUCUUUCCUCCAAAACAUUCGAAGAAGUGGGGCAGGAGAAGGCAAAAAUUAAGAAGCCUGAAAAGAUCCUCCAAAAGCAAAAAAGUAAAACUGCAAGAAGCAUCUCUGUGGAUGAGCCACAGUUGUUUAUCCCAGACAAUGCUCCAGUUGUGAAGAAAGAAAGUGUUGAGCAGCAGGUGCAACAGCAGCUGGAGCAAGUUGCCAACAGCGAGUCUGUGUGGGAUGGAAACAAUUGCUGUGGUCAGUGCAAGAAACACCACAACAACAUGUUCAUGGUAGGCUGUGGCCGCUGUGAUGACUGGUUCCAUGGUGACUGUGUUGGUCUUGACCUGCUCAAAGUACGUGAGAUGGAGGAAGAGGACCAGAUGUACGUGUGCUUAAAGUGCUGCGAGGAGGAGAGCAAAAAGGUGGAGCCCGAAACGCCAGCCAUACCUGCGGCAGAAAUAAAGACUGAAGCCCCUGCUCUGAAGCACGCUCUAAAACCCAAGCCAGGAGCCACUGAGGAACUGACAUCAGGGGGGGUCAGAUCUUUAAAGAAGGAACAAGGCCGAAGAUCGUCUGCAGAUGUAAAAGAAACUCAUCAUAAAAGAGGCAUUCAGCUGAAACUUGAGGUAAAAAGUAAAAGUGCAUCUUCCACUUCAAAAAAGCCUGCGUCUAUGGAGGAGAUCAGGCGCAGUGUGCGUGAUUCUCUGAAAGAAAUCCUUUUACAGAGGUUGAAGGAGUCUGAUUUGAAAGUCCCUGUUGAGAAAGCCUCAGAAGUUGCCAAGAAGACUGAGAGAGAACUUUUCCACAUGUAUAAAGAUACCGAAAACAAAUACAAGAACAAGUAUCGAAGCUUGAUGUUUAACCUCAAAGAUACUAAAAAUAAUGUUCUCUUUAAGAAGGUUCUCAAAGGAGAAAUAUCUCCUGCUAAUCUAAUCCGAAUGAGUCCUGAGGAACUGGCUUCGAAGGAACUAGCUGCUUGGCGGCAAAGAGAGAAUCGACACACAAUUGAAAUGAUUGAAAAAGAGCAAAGAGAGGUUGAGAGGCGUCCAAUCACCAAGAUCACACAUAAAGGGGAGAUUGAGAUCGAGAGUGAAGAACCAGGGAAAGUACGUGAGCCCGUGGAGGUGGAGGUUGAACCCGCAGUCAGAGUCCCAGAAGUACCAGUAGAACCUCAGAGUGCUCCGGAGAAGGCCGUAGAGCGCAACGAGAUAGAGAGCGACACCACCAACAAACACAAGUCUCACUUAUUUGACCUCAACUGCAAAAUCUGUACAGGCCGCAUGGCACCCCCAGUGAAAGAGGCACCCACCAAAGUGGUCAAAAUUGCUACAACAGUAGCAAAGCGACAACCUGCCAAAGGCGAGGAGGCGAGCACGCCGGCGCCGUCUGCUGUUGAAGAUGACCUGCACCUCACCGUUUUAGAGGAGAGCUUUCAGAAGGCUCACACCAACUAUGAACAAAGGUCUGAUCAUACAGCUGGCCGAGAUGAUGACACAUCGUUCCUUUCCAGCCUGAAGUCCCUGUGGCGAGGUUUCCUUACUAUGCACUCUGUGGCUAAACUUGUCACAAAAGCUUUCCCUGUGUCAGGCAUUCUGGACAACUUGACUCAGGAUCUUCCUGACAGCAUCCAGGUUGGCGGAAGGAUAAGUCCGCAGACUGUGUGGGACUACUUGGAGAAGAUACGUGCUACAGGAACUAAAGAAGUGUGCCUAAUUCGCUUCACUCCUGUGACUGAGGAAGAUGAGAUCUCCUACACUCUCCUGUAUGCUUACUUCAGCAGCAGAAGGCGUUUUGGGGUGGUGUCAAACAACCGCAAACAAGUGAAGGACAUGUAUCUCAUUCCUUUGGGCGCGUCUGAAAAAGUGCCACAUCAGCUUGUGCCUUUUGAUGGACCAGGUCUGGAAAACAACCGAGCAAACCUUCUCUUGGGACUUAUAAUUCGUCAGAGGCCGAAAAGAGAUUAUCAUCCAGUUGACAACGAAACGACAAGGAUGUCUCCUGAAGUCAAGCCUGUCCCAGUUCCUGUUCAAGAAACUCCUGCCGAAGAAGAAGAUGAGAAGCUUUUCCUAGCCUCCUUGACUACUCCCAAUAUAAACGAGAAGAAUCAACUACUUGAGACUACAGAGCCUGUGGAGGAGCCCAUCACAGAGUCUUUUGAAGAACCAUCUGCAGCAGGGAACAGCAGUCAGGAAUCCCACAAGCCUCUUCGUUUUCUUCCAGGUGUGUUACUUGGUUGGGGUGGAGAACUCCCGCCACUGCCAGAUGUCGGAGGAAAGCAUCCAGAUGACACUUCUAAGGCCCAACCUGCUCAGAAAAGAGAGGUGCCAUCCAGCGGGGGCUCCAAGGAUCCAGCUGUUGCUGUUGUUGCUGCUGUGCCUCGAGAGCGCUUUGUCAUCAAGAAAAAAGAAGUCAAACCUGUCCAAGCUGAACUGCAGUCACCCAGCCAGACAGAGGCUGCAAACACAUCUCCAGGCAAAGAUGCUGAGGCCGCACCCCGGGCUCCUCCAGUCUCCCUGAGAGAUAAGCCUCCAGAUGUUUCUACGGAAGCGUUCUUGGAAAGCCUGGCGACGCUUCGAAACGAGAGUGAAACCAGCAGCAGUGAUACCCCCAAGAAAGAUGACAUCGCUCCUCUCCCUGAUUCAGACAAAGGAAAGUUGGAAUCACAGGCGCUGUCAGAGCAAACAAAUACCUCCAAACCUCUAAGUGGGAUAUUGAAAAAGAUUUCCACCUAUUCCAGUAUGACAGAAAACAAAGCCAGGGAAACUAGUCACAUUGCUCCCGUGGAUGCUAAGCAUGCUCCUCCUAAAAUCAGCCCAGUUACAACAUUUCAUCAAGGCUUUUUGCAGAUCUCUCAGGCCAAACACAAACUGAAGGAACAAAACCCAACCGCCAGUCAAUCAGUUCUCAGUGACCAUGAAGAUCCUGUUCAAGUUCAGCCGAGCGACACAGCAACUCACACUUCUGCAGUACAAGCGCCACAAGUGGAGAGCUUCGAAGCCUCGGAGCUCCAACGAGACACGGAGACGGCACCGGCUCUCCCAGCGUGCAACAGUGCUGCACCUGUCCACCAGCAGCAGCACCAGCCUCAGGUACCUGGCAGCAACCACGACCUGUCUGUCCCCAACUCUUUCCACACGCCACAUGUCCAGGAUCAGAACCACACCACGCCACAGGCCCAGGAGAGUACUUCACUUGCGGCGCACCCCGAGAGUCCCUCCCAACUGGGUGGUCGACCUCCAUCGCAAGCCAAAGAGGAAACACAGGAGGAGCUCUACACCUACUGUCACCCAUGGGAGGAGAGGCAGCGGCACAGUGAGGACAGGGACCACGGUGGGAGGCACGGCCACCGCAGGGACUUGCACCACGGGAAGAAGAGCAGGCACCAUGACAGGGACCGAGACCGGAAGCAUGAGCACGGCUACGAAGACAAGCACAAAGACAGGAACAGGCACCACAGACACUCUGAGGACCGCUACGGUGAGAAGCGGAAAGAGCGAUCCUACAGCGACGACUACAGUGGCCGCCACAAAGAACGCCACAGACACCGACGGGACUCGGACUAUGACAAUGAUCAGAGGAGCUCAAAAGACAGUUACUUGUAAUAAUUAUUUGUUCUUUUAACUUUUUAAAUUUUUUUUAAGAAAACAAGCACCAGGAAGUGAGUGUUCGGUGCUCUCAGACUCAUUCUCUGAUUCAUUACUUUCGGUUUUUUGGGCUGUGUAUUUUUUAUUCUUUCCUAGAUGUCAUGGCUGUGCAGCUUUUACAUCACGUCCCUCCUGAGUCUUCUGUUAUGAUGAACUCAACUAUUGUUUUAGCGGAGUUGCGAAGUUCAUCACUUUCAAUUUGCUCCACCUUGUAAAACUAACCCCGCAACAAAUUCUCACAAUUUUAUUUGGAAGGUUUUUGCUGCAUCAGUUAAUCAUGAAUACAAUCCAUUUCUGUUCCAAUGUAAGUCUUUCCUAUUAAGGUGGGAUGAAGAAAUUGACUCGUUGGGUGUAGAUUCUUUUCAUAAUACAGAUCAGGGUCUGAUUUAAAUUUACAGUUUUAAGAUAUUGGAUUUUUUUGUAUUUACUGAACCGCUGCAUAAUUUUUUUUAGUUUUUGUUUUCUCCCCAACCUCCUGUUAAUAUUAAGAUCAAGGACAUUAGGUCAAAUGGUUUUGGGGCUAAGUUCACAUUUACCACAAAGAGAAACUUUACGGCGGCACCCAUUGAACAGUGUCUUGUAUUCCCAAAUUGGUUAUUUUUAAAUUGCUUUAAAUAUUUUAGAGUCUUACUUUCUACCAGAAACGCAUUGUACAUUUUUGGCUUGUAAUAUAUCUUAGAAAUGAAGUGUGCCUUUGCACGUGUGUAUGUACAGUUGGUAAUAAAGCUAAUUCUUUUUUUUUUA